AUGUUGGCCUCAAUUACUCCCACUACGGCCACAUGUGAUCUUCCCACCACUUAUAGAUGGCAGUCAACUGGUGCGCUGGCUGAGCCAGCCGAAGGGUGGUUCAGCCUCAAGGAUUUCACCAUAGCGCCAUAUGACGGUGACCAUCUCGUCUAUGCAACCAACAGCAACGACCAGGGUUUUGGAUCGCUUGGUUUUACUCCUUUCGCAGACUUCUCAGAAAUGGCCAGCGCUACUCAAACUGGCAUGAGCCCCGCCACUGUCGCACCUACGCUCUUCUACUUUAGUCCCAAGGGCAUAUGGAUUCUUGCGUACCAAUGGGGAAACUCCCCUUUCUCCUACAUGACCUCACAAAAUCCGGCCGACGUGAGUGCAUGGUCAGCUCCGGAGCCGUUAUUCACUGGUACAAUUGCCAACUCUGAUACCGGUCCUAUCGACCAAACUCUGAUUUCUGACGGAGUGAACAUGUACCUGUUCUUCUGCGGCGACAAUGGUGUUGUAUAUCGAGCAAGCAUGGCACUGGAAAAUUUCCCUGGCAAUUUCGGUACCGAAUCUACCAUUGUGUUGAGCGAUACAAAGGAAAAUCUUUUUGAAGCAGUUCAAGUCUACUCUCUUCAAGGACAAAACAAGUAUCUUAUGAUUGUCGAGGCUAUUGGUAGUGUCGGGCGCUACUUUCGCUCGUUCACAGCUGAUAGCUUGGAUGGAGAGUGGACUGUCCAAUCUGGGUUUGAGGAGAAUCCAUUUGCCGGCAGCGUCAACAGCGGCGCAACUUGGACCAACGACAUAAGUCACGGAGAGUUGAUUCGUACAUCAGCCGAUGAAAGAUUUCCCGUGGACCCUUGCAACCUUCAGCUCCUCUAUCAAGGAAGAGAUCCCGUGGAAGAAGAGCCGCCAUUGGACUAUGGUGCGCUCCCCUACCGACCUGGUCUCCUGUCCUCGGCUUAA